AUGGCUGCGGAAACCGUCGAACCCUCGACACAUAAAAAGGUGCAAGGAGCAUCGGUCUCUCCCAAGAAACCGGAGUCGGGAGGCGCCCAAAAUGCCCACGAGAGGGAAAAGCAGAUGGUGGCCUCCGCCCAUCCGUCGCAUCAACGACACAUGAACCCCUUUACCGCCGCAGAGCGUCCGGAUCAAAAACAUCUGAGUGUAUCUGCGAAGAAUCUAAAAGUAGCCGAUUUUGCGCUUUUGCGAACACUGGGGACGGGGACUUUUGCUCGAGUAUGGCUUGCCAGAUUGAAAGCGGAUGAGAGGAAGGAUAGGGUAUAUGCAUUGAAGAUACUCCGCAAGGCAGAUGUGAUCAAACUGAAGCAGGUCGAACACGUCCGCAAUGAACGGAAAACACUUGCAGCUGUCUCUGGUCAUCCUUUUGUGACGACUUUAAUAGCGUCGUUUUUUGACGCGGAAAGUCUAUAUAUGCUGCUGGACUACUGUCCUGGAGGCGAGAUAUUUAGCUAUCUACGACGAGCGCGACGGUUUAACGAACCCACAUCAAAGUUUUACGCUGCCGAAAUAACCAUGACAAUAGAAUUCCUGCAUGAGAUGGAAGGGAUUGCUUAUCGCGACCUAAAGCCAGAGAAUAUCCUCCUCGACGCCGACGGCCAUAUCAAACUUGUCGAUUUUGGUUUCGCGAAGGAACUUGGUGACCGCGAGACAUAUACACUAUGUGGCACGCCGGAGUAUCUUGCGCCAGAAGUUAUUCAUAACAGUGGCCACGGCCUUGCAGUGGAUUGGUGGGCCUUGGGGAUUCUUAUCUAUGAGUUUUUGGUCGGGCAACCACCUUUUUGGGAUCAUAACCCCAUGCGGAUAUACGAGCAGAUUGUCCAAGGUCGUUUACGCUUUCCGCAAAACGUCAUGUCCCCUGCAGCUCAGAACAUCGUCUCCUUGCUCUGCAAAACCAAUCCGACGGAACGACUGGGAUACAUAUCGGGUGGCUCUGCAAGAGUAAGAUCUCAUCCAUUCUUCGAAGGUAUCAAGUGGGAUGAUCUCUACCAUCGCCGUAUAAAGGGACCUAUCAUCCCAAGAGUCGACCAUCCUGCGGAUACAGGCAACUUUGAGGAGUAUCCAGAUCCUCCAGUGAGCAACUUGACCCCAUAUACCGAUGAUUUGAAAUCAAAGUACGAGCCGUUGUUCGCCGAUUUCUAA